AUGAGGCGUCGUCUGGAGGCUAAGAUCAGCCAGCUAGAGGAAGAGCUGGAGGAGGAGCAGGCAACAUGGAGAACCCACGACCACCUCCGGAAGACACAGCAACAGGUGGACCAGUUGAGCAGUGAGCUGCAGGCUGAGCGUAGUUCCUCCCAGAGCAGUGAGGGCGCCAGACAGCAGCUCGAGAGGCAGAACAAGGAUCUGAAGGUCAAGCUACAGGAGAUGGAGGGUCAGGGGAGGUCAAAGUUCAAAUCCUCCAUCGCCGCCCUGGAGGCCAAACUACACCAGCUGGAGGAGCAGCUGGAGCUGGAGAACAGAGAGAGACAGACCAACGCUAAAGCAACGCGUCAGAAAGAGAAGAAACUGAAGGAUCUGACCAUCCAGAUGGAGGAAGACAGGAAACAGGCAGAGCAGUACAAGGACAGGAUCAACACAGUGGAGAAGGCUAACGUGCGUGUGAAGCAGCUGAAGCGUCAGCUGGAGGAGGCGGAGGAGGAGUCUCAACGGGUUGCCGCGGGACGCAGGAAGUUACAGAGAGAACUGGACGAGGCCUCCGAGGCCAACGACGCCCUCAGUAGGGAGGUGUCGACCCUAAAGGGCAAACUCAG